UAAAGGAAUGAAAGGCUGUAUGAUAACAGUCCAAACUGCUCUAAGGUUUCCGUCUGAGUUAAAGAAGUGAACAAACAGCUGCUGUGAACAACAUGAAGCUCUGCAUCCUGUUGGUGUUCGGGACCCUGAUUGUCCUCGUUAACGGUAUGCCGCCAAUCAGCAGGGACUACAACACACACUGUCGGUGCCCCCAGGUGGAGUCGAGGAUCAUCCCUCCAGACAACCUGAAGAGCAUCAAGCUCGUCCCCGAAGGUCCACACUGCCCCGAGACAGAAGUCAUAGCUGGACUUGUGAGCGGGGAGAAAGUUUGCCUGAACCCUAAGUCCUCCUGGGUGAAGAAGUUAAUCCACUAUGUUCUUGAGAAACAGCUACAUCAGCAGGGAGUGGCCGUUCCUAAGAACAGAGCCUAGAGUCUCAUCUGAGUAAAAAACAAAUGUAGCAAGGAAGUUCAAAACUGGAUCUCUCUGCAACCAUGAGCCAUGCUGUCUUACUUUAAUAAUACAUGAAACCAAAUGUAACCCUGAAUGCAAAAUUAUUUGAGUUUUUCUCUAUCGUUUGUUUUGUUACAGCUCUUUUAUCUUAAAGAAAAGUAUUUCUCCAGUAUUUUUUAACCAAGUAUUUUGUACAACAUGCCAGCUAACAUGAAUUCUGUUGUUCAUAUUCUUUACAUGCAGACAGCUGUGUUGUAUUGAAGGAAGUAAAGGUGAUGUAAGCUGACAUGUUAAAAGUGUUGGUAUAUGUGUGCCUAUGGUAUUUAAUCAUGCGUGUUGAUAUAUAAUGUGUGAUUUGAAAUGUAUAAUCAUUGUGACGUGUAGAAUGUUUAGUCGUGUGAUUCUGAGAGCACAUUCAUGUAGCAUUUUAUAUUCCUGUAAGAAACUAUUCAAGUCUUAUCUAACAAAAAAAGGGAUGACUUCCUCUGAGUGGUCCCUCGUGAAAAAUUCUAAAAGGUCCAAUAAAAAUUUUGUUUAACAAGAAAA